GAGAACAAGCGCGAAACAAGAAAGUCAGCCAGGGGAAAAGGUUUUCCUAAUUCUGGCUAUUGAUCCCACCGCAAUGUGAUUCUGCUGGAUAUCGUUACUUUCUAUUGAUCUCUAUGAUUCUGCGUUUUAUAUUUUCUCGUAUCUUCCACCUUUUGGAUGGCACAUGGAUUCUCUGAGGGUUGCUAACAAAGGAAUUGAAUAUACAUAAGUACCCCUGCACACUUUACUGAGGUAAAUCCUUUUUCCGUUUUUGUUAGGUCCCCCCAACGGGUGAUCCUCAGAAGCCAGCUCUCCAUGCUUCAUAUUAAACCAUAUUCCAUUGGGACGAGUAGGAUGUAUUUUAGCGUCAAAGUAUAAAACCGUUUACUUCCCACAAACUAUUUGUAGACACGCACACACACAGCAUUUGUACAUUUUUCAAUUUCUCAGAGAAUUUUCAAGAGUACCGAUGGAACAAGAGGAUAACAGACCCGAGUGGGGGAAAUCCGUUAGUAAGGUCUGCCUGUUGCCCCAACGUGUCGUGCUGUCGUUGAUGGGAUUCUUCAGCCUCAUCUGCACCUUCACCUGUCGCGUUUCCUUGUCCCAUGCCAUCACUAUAUUGGCGAUAUCCAAUCGCACCAGGAAUGCUACCAAUGAUCUGCCAGAAGGCGUUUGCCCAAAGGAAGAGGUGACGGAAGGUGGUGCGGUGUAUAAGGGACUAUACGAGUGGGAUGAGACGCAGAAGGGCAUCAUCCUAGGAAGCUUCUACUUCGGCUACAUCAUCUCUCAUUUGCCAGGAGGCAUUUUGGCCGAUUUGUACAGUGCCAAAUGGGUGGUGGCCUUCUGCGUGGGGGUGACGGGCAUUUGUGAACUCCUCAGCCCCACUGCCAUUAACUUCGGGGCGUAUUAUUUGAUUACCCUUCGUGUGCUGAUGGGUAUUGCCCAAGGUCCAAUCUUUCCCGGACUGAAUGGUCUUCUAUCCUCCUGGGUGCCGAAGAAGGAGCGGAGCACACUGGGAACCCUGUGCUUCAGCGGCAGUACGAUGGGCAUCAUAUUGAGCAAUGCCUGCUCUGGCCUCCUCCUGCAGUACUUUUACUGGUCUGUCAUGUUCUAUGUAUUCGGCACAUUAUCUGUGAUUUGGUUUAUUGUGUUUGCUAUCAUCUGCACUAAUUCCCCGUACGCUCAUCCCUUCAUUAAGCCCAAGGAGCGGCAGUAUCUGGCCGAAACAGUUGGAAACGUCAACAAGAACAAGCCUGCAAUACCCUGGAAGCCGAUGCUGAUCAGCAUCUCCAUGCUCAGCCUGAUCAUUAGUCAGAUGGGCCACGAUUGGGGAUACUACGUGAUGGUUACCAAUCUGCCCCUCUACAUGGCCGACGUAAUACAGUUUAGCAUACGCUCCAACGGCCUGGCCACCGCCCUUCCCUACAUCGCCAUGUGGAUAGCUUCCUUGGUCAGUGGCCUUGUUGCCGACUGGCUCAUUCGCACGGAAAAGCUGAAACUGGUCACCGAGCGGAAACUGUUCACACUUCUGUCCGCCUUCUUCCCCGGCCUCUUCAUGGUAGCUGCCUCAUAUGGUGGUUGCAACAAGGCGCUCGUGGUUGCCUUGUUCACAAUCUCCAUGUUGACCAUGGGCCUCUACUACGCUGGUCAGAAGCUGUCCGCCCUGGAUGUGAGCCCCAGCUAUUCCAGUACCAUAACGGCUAUCAUCAAUGGGCUCGGUUCCCUGACGGGACUCUUCGCCCCUCCCAUAAUCGGGCUCCUAACUCCAGAUAAAAACCUUAAUCAAUGGCGUAUAGUAUUUUGGGCCUCUUACGUGAUAUUGACUCUGUCGUCCAUCGCCUUCUGGUUCAUGGGUAGUGCUGACGUUCAGCCCUAUGAUCCCAUGUACAACAAAACAGAGAAGCCUGCAGAAAACAAGAAUAAAUAAUCAAAUCUCCCAAAAAGCAACACACAGCGAUGACAGAGGCACCUUCAAAAUCCUCAAUAUCUAUAAAAUUCUGUUUCAAUUAAUAAUGAUACAAAUUUUGAUUGACAUUCGAUCCGUUUACUGACACAACGCCAACUAUCAAAGUCUACCAAGGUCUGUGGAGUUCAGUCUAUGGACGAUUAGACGAGUGAAGAUCCUAGCCUUGGAAUCAAAACCCUUUAAAAACUGUUUGCCAAUGAAAUUCGGUACUAAAGAAAACGCUUUGAAAUAAAUAAUUUGUGUUUAAGGCAUUUAAAAUUUGA